AUGACAGAGCGGUGCAGUCUGUGGAGUGCCCUGUCGGCUGCAGCAUGCUGCUUCUACAGGGGAUCCUUCAUGCAGGUGCAGUUCUCCAAAGAGAAAUACUUGCUGGAGUCUCCUCCUGAGAAACUUCGUAAAGAACUGGAGGAGGAGCUGAAACUGAGUCCAGCUGACAUCAGGAGCCAUGGCUGGUACCAUGGACACAUACCCCAAGAGGUGUCGGAGACUCUGGUUUUGCGUAACGGAGAUUUCCUCGUGCACGACUCCCUGACCAGUGUGGGCGACUAUGUCCUGACCUGCCGAUGGGACAACGAAGUGCUUCACUUCAAGAUCAGCAAAGUUCUGGUCAAAUCCAGCGAGACUAAGGUGCAGUAUGUGUUGGAGUCGGAUAGCUUCGACUCACUCCAGGAGCUCGUUCGUUUCUACGUGGGUCAACGCAAAGCAGUCUCCCAGUCCAGCGGCGCCCACAUCUACUGUCCCGUCAGCCGGACUCUCCCGCUGCGCUACCUGGAGGCGACGUUCGCCCUCGCCAACAAGCAUGGCUCAGCGUAUUCGCCGUCCAAUCAGAGGGGAGCGUACAUCAAAAGGCGGAGCGUCACCAUGACCGAUGGACUCACAACUGAAAAAAUGAUACCUCACAGCCCGUCGACGAUCCACCACCAUAAAGACGCAAUGCGCAAUUGUGCGAUGAGCAUGGACCAGAUUCAGGAGUACCGCUGCCCCUUGUCGCCUGUCAGGGAAACCCCUCUGUCUCCUGCUUAUAGCGCCAUCACCAGGCAGAGAGCCCACUCAGGCGGGCGUGUCCUGGCCGUCGUCCCUCCCUCUCCUGUGAUGCGCCGCUCCAGCGACCCCCAGCUCAGCCCCUCAGAUGGUCUCGUUCCUGCAGAGUAUCCCGCGCAGACCUGUCACUCAGCGCACUCUUCGCCCGCCCAUCAUUCAAGCUGCCAAUCGCACUCGUCGGAGACAGCAGGGAGCUACUGUGACCUCAGACCCUGCCCAUCCGGGCCCCCCAAACCCCCGGCCAAGAGCUACGUAGAGAGACUGCUAGUGGAAGAAGGGAGGAAGGUGGAAGCAAAGGAAGAAGGGGAGGGGACGUUCACCGCCCCGCAGGUGGAGACAGCCUCUUUGUUCAGACCAUCCAGGUACGAGUCCUGCCUUCUUCCUGCCGAAAACAAGCCUCUGGAGAUGUCUGUGCUGAAGAGAGUCAAAGAGCUGCUGGGCGAGGUGGACGCCAGGACCGCAGCUAAACACAUCACCCUGCUGGACUGCAAGGUCGCCAGAAUAUCAGGCGUCACUUCAGAAAUGCAAAGGAUGAUGGGAGUGUCCUCAGGGCUGGAGUUGUUGACGCUACCUCAUGGACAUCAGCUGAGGCUUGACCUGCUAGAGAGGUUCUACGUCAUGUCCAUCAUGAUGGCGGUGGAUCUUCUGGGCUGCACGGGGAGCACAGAGGAGCGGGCAGCCCUCCUCUAUAAAACCAUCCAGUUAGCAGCAGAGCUGAAAAGCAGCCUGGGGAACAUGUUCGGAUUCGCUGCAGUGAUGAGAGCCUUGGAGCUGCCGCAGAUUUCCCGCCUGGAGCAGACGUGGGUAACGUUACGUCAGAGACACACAGAAGGAGCCAUUCUGUACGAGAAGAAACUCAAACCGUUCUUAAAGAACAUGAAUGACGGCAAAGAGGCCAGCAUCAUGUCCAACACGUCCUUCCCCCACGUCCUCCCUGUCCUGUCUUUACUGGAGCGCGGCGCCGCAGUCGGGGAGGUGCCGGAGCCGUGGGAGAGCUCCGAGGCGGGCGUGGACGUGGUCAUGUUCCACUUGGAGACGGCACGAAGCAUUGCUCAUCACAGUGAAACCUACCGAGCAAACGCAGAGAGCAAACUGCAGGGGUUUCAGGAGCGGGCCGAGUUGCACGAGAUCUUCCAAACCGAGUUCCAGAUGCGCCUCCUGUGGGGCAGCCGCGGCUCUGAGGGCAGCCAAUCGGAACGUUACGAGAAGUUCGACAAAGUUCUCACAGCUUUGUCUCACAAACUAGAACCUCCCGUGCGCCACAGCGAGCUAUAGCACCUGCCCUGACUCUCUGCGCCACCAAAACCUUCAUGAUUGCACUUACCACUGCCUGCAUGGUGGUAGCUGUGGGUUUUCUCUUGCAUAACUGAGGACGUGGGGAAGCCUGGUUCCAGCACUUGAGAGAUCCGAAAGUGUGUAAGAAGGCAGCUAAAAGAGCACGAGGAACCCAGAAAUGUUUAAAAUAUUUAAAAGCAGA